CUUCGUUCUUUUUCCCUUUCCCACUCUUUUUCCCCUACUUAUCAAAGAACCUAACCCCUUCACUUUCCUUAUCUAUUAUCUCCAUUUACUCCUCUCCUCUUUUUUUUUCUUUUUCUUUUCUAUUCUUAUUCGACUUUCCUUUCUCCUUUUUGUAUUUAUUUGAACUUUAUACUUUUUUUUUUUGCAUACUGUUGUUUGUGUGUGUGUGACAAUCUGAUGCCAUCUUCAUCUCCUACUACUACUACUACUAGUCAUCAAAAGAUUAUAUCAAACCAACUACCUCCUCAAUUACAUAUUAAUGAUCUGACUACAGUUGAUACAUUAGAACUACCUCCUUUACCUUCUUCACCUUUUAGUGUGACAUCUCUUCAAGUUCACGAAGAUGCAACAUCGCAACUUACUGACCCUUCCACAACACCAACUCAUCCUUUAUCAGAAAAAGAUAUUCAACAUGAUUUUCAAGACACUAUGAUCGACUUACCUUCAUAUAAACAACAAAGGAAAAAACAUUUGAAGAAACGGAAACAUAUGAAAAAGAAAAACAAUCCAAAGGAAAAUAACAACAACAACAACAACAUUCCAUUGACUUAUUCACUUAUACGAAAACAUGAUAUGACUACACGAACAACCGCAAAGGAAAUUGUUAUUAGUGCUUGGAUUGAUAAUGUAGCUCAAGCUCCUUCUCAUAUGACUGAAACAUCUGUUAUCUAUGAUCUUGAUGCUACUCCAUCACCUUCUCAUUACCAAACUGCCGAUCUUGCUACUUCUACUACUCCUACUACCGGAUUGGAUUCUUCUUCUGAUACUGCUAAUGGUGCCACUACCUCUGUUGAUGCUGCUCCUAUUCAAGAAACAAAAGAUGUUUUCACUGAUGCUCAAAAAAUGGCUUAUGUUGGACUUUGUGCUGUUACUAGUUUGGAAGUUGUCCAUGAUCUCAAAGGAAAGGAAUUUACUUAUGCAAGAAUGAGUGCUGACAACUGGCAACGAAAAUUGAUGCGAACCAUUUAUAUGCAUAUGGAUAUUUCUCCUGAAGAAAUCAAGAUGAUAGAAUCACUUUCCAAACAUGACAUCUUACCGACCGACUUUGUUUAUCAGUUUACAGCUCAAGGUGAAACUGCCACUGUGAAUGUUAAAGAUCUUCAAGGUCAACACUCUUCUUCACCACCACCACCUCCUCCUUCUAUACCUCCACCAGUACCGGUAAAAGAACAGGAUCAAGCAUCACCUGCAUUUGCGCCAUCUAUCAGCAAAACUGAAUCAUUUACUCCUCAAGACAGCAUUGACAACAUUUCUUUGGAUCUGGAUAGUGAUAAUCGUGAUGACGCCACUGUAUCCUCUAUUUCGUAUAAGGACGAUGAUUCUUCUUCUUUGGACCUUUCAGCUUUGCCUCCACUUCCUCCCUCUAGAACUCAUUCCAUUAUCGAUGACACUUUAUCCGAUCGAUCUAUUUCUUCAGCAUCUACCAUUAGUACUAAUGACGAAGAUGAUUUAUCAUCAAUAACAGCAACUGGGAUGGAAAAAUAUGAAGCACCUGAACACUUUGUGAUCGAUUUACGAUGGACAGUAAUGUGUGAUUUAUUCUUGAUUUGUCUCAGUCUGGAAAAUUAUGAUGCACGAAGCCGGGUAUUUAUUCAUCGUAUGGCAAAUUAUUUAGCAUUGGAUUGGCAUCAAGUACUUUCUUUUGAACGACGAAUCACCGAACAUUUAUUACAAGUAGAAGGUGCCUGGGAAACACAAUCAUCCAUGACAGCAAGUACUUCGUUGACUUCUAUGUCUACCUCUUCCUCAACCAUCGUAGAUCCUACACAACUCUCCAAUACCAAGGAACGAACUUCUAGAAAUAAACAACGCAAGAAACGUCGAUAUGUUAUGAUUGGAUUAGCUACUAUUGGCGGUGGAUUGAUUCUUGGCCUUAGUGCUGGAUUGAUGGCUCCUGUCAUUGCAGGUGGAUUGGGUGCUUUAUUGACUACAGUAGGUGUUACAGGUACUUCAACUUUUCUGGGUGGCGCUACCGGUAUUGGUUUGAUUACAAGUGCUGCUACUGUGGCUGGCGGACGUCUUGGUGCUGUUAGUAUGAACAAACGUAUGAAAUCCAUUGGUACUUUUGAAUUCUUGCCUAUCCAAGCGAAACAUCAAGCUAGUUGUAUUAUUUCCGUCACUGGGUGGUUACCAAAAAGUGACAAUAAAGAAGAAGCUGCUACAUUACCUUUCAGCAUCUUGGAUUCGGUAAUGGGUGAUCAUUAUACAUUGUAUUGGGAACCAGAAAUGUUAGAAGAACUUGGUAGUGCUUUCAAGAUCUUUGCAACAGAGGCAGUGACUUUUAGUGUUCAACAGGCUUUAGGACACACGAUUAUGGGUGCACUAUUAUCAGGUUUAGCUUGGCCAUUGGCAUUGACAAAACUAGGUUAUUUGGUAGACAAUCCUUGGGCGAAUGGUUUAGAUCGAGCAAAAUCAGCAGGACUUAUCUUGGCAGACACAUUAAUGAAUCGUAACUUGGGUGCAAGGCCUGUGACGCUAGUGGGAUAUUCUCUUGGUGCUCGAGUCAUUUUUUAUUGUUUGGAAGAACUAGCUCGUGUGAAUGCAUAUGGAUUGGUGGAAAAUGUGGCUCUCUUUGGUACUCCAGUAUCAGCUUCCAAGGCACAAUGGCGUGAUGUGACCUCUAUUGUGGCAGGACGCGUAAUUAAUGGUUAUGCUACAAACGAUUGGCUUCUUGGCUUCUUAUUCCGUGCAACAAAUGCAGGCUCAACUCUUGUGGGAAACAAUGUGGCUGGUUUACAUGCUUUGGAAAUGAUUGAAGGGGAUCGUGUGCAGAAUAUGGAUUGUACUGAUCUCAUCAAAGGUCACUUAUCUUAUCGUAUGGCAAUGCCCAAGCUACUCAAACGUGCUGGCUUCAUUGUCACCAAGGAAGAUAUUGUGGAAAAGAAGGAAAAGGAUUCAUCAAGUAAUGGUGGAAGUAUGAUGAGUUUUGUUAUGAAAAAAUCAGGAUCUCAAGAAAAUGCAGAUAUUGGCUCUUCUCGUACAUCAUCCUUAUCAUCUGGUACAGCAUCAAUUCAAUUACCUGGCAAGUCAUCAUCACCAAUAGCUAUGGAAAAAUCAUUAUCAGCAAACAAUACCAUAUCACCUUACUCUAGUAGUCCGGCACAGAGAUCUAGGUCUUCCUCUUCGACAUCAUCUUCAUCAUGCGUUAUGAAAGAUAUAAAUUAUUCAACAACAUCUGAUACAACUUUCCAACAACAUGUGGAAGAAAAGAAAGAAACAACUCGAUCAUCAACGGCUCCAUUGGUAGAGGGUGUUUCUGAUAUGGAUAUUAUUGCGGAUAUUAUUGCCAAUGCCACUGCUGCUGCCUCUAGUAAAUCUGGUACUUACAGCUCUAUGUCUUCAGGAAAAGCAUCAAUUGCCACCCCAUCAACAACUCCAACACCAGCAACAAUGAUGAAGACAAGCAGUAGCAGUCGUAGUCGUGGUAGUGGAUUCUUUGGGUUUACUCGGUCAAGAUCAGAUACCGCAUCAACGUCAGCAUCAGCCACUACUGCAACAAUGAUGACAACAGCUACAACUUCCUCAUCUCCUUCUCCUAUUACCAACGAUACAACACCCAUCAUCAAAAGUCAAUCAUCAUCGUCUUUACUUGAAACAACAUCAGCAAUAAGUCCUAUAACGAAAAAACCAUCAUCAAGUUCUUCAUUUUGGUCUAGAAAAAGCAAGAGAAAUACAAAAAUACCUUUGGAACAUCAGCAGGCACUUGAAGAAGAAUGUGGUGUGGAAAUCAAGGAAAUCAAAAGUACUCUUGGAAAAAUGGUGGUACCUGGAGAAGUCAUUCAUCCUAUGCCAAAAAUCAAUUUGGAAAUGCCUCAACAUGCUAGAAUCAAUCGAUAGUUGUUCCCCUUGUAUUUUAUCUUUAUUCAUUUUUUUUUAUAUUUCAUUUACUCUAUACUAUAACUUUAUACCUCCCCCCACUCAGUCUUUUUUUUUUUUUUUUUUUUUUUUUUUUUU